CACAAUGCAUCGCACCCCUGGGGAUGGAAUCUGGUGCGAUUCCCGAUGCAGACAUCACAGCGAGUUCGAGUUUCGAUAGCGGAAACGUCGGGCCGCAUCACGGACGGCUGAGGCAGGAGAGCCACGGAGGUGCCUGGUGCCCGAAGCAGCAGAUCACGACGGAACCGCGCGAGUGGUUGGAAAUCGAUCUUCACACGGUCCACAUGAUCACCGCCACCGGCACCCAGGGACGCUUCGGCAACGGCCAAGGCGUCGAAUACUCGGAGGCGUACAUGUUGGAGUACUGGAGGCCGAAGCUCGGCAAGUGGGUUCGAUACAGGGACGUCCGGGGCGAGGAGGUAAGUAAUCGUCGUCGUCGUCGUCGUCUCAAAGGUGUCGCGAUAAUUGACCAGGCUUACCAGUUGCCAGCAGUCGUCGAAAGGUGUCGAUUGCGCUUUCUGUCUUGGCGAGUGAUCAAAGGGAACACGAACACCUACCUGGAGUCGAAGCACGAGUUAGAGCCGCCGAUGUGGGCGAGUAAAGUUCGCUUCUGGCCGUACAGCUACCAUCGCCGCACCGUUUGCAUGCGGGUAGAGCUGUAUGGCUGCCCGUGGAACGACGGGAUCGUCUCGUACUCGAUGCCGCAGGGUGACAAACGCGGCAACUGGGAGUUCUUCGACGCGACUUACGACGGUUACUGGGACGGCCAGCUUCUGCGAGGCUUGGGACAGCUGACGGACGGCAAGAUCGGGCCGGAUAACUUCAAGAUGAGUUACUACGAUUACGACAGAGGCCAGGGAUGGGUCGGAUGGAGAAACGACACCAGGUCCGGCCAUCCCCUCGAGAUCAAGUUCGAGUUCGACCACGUCAGGGAGUUCUCCGCCGUGCACAUAUUCUGCAACAAUCAAUUCACCAAGGACGUCCAGAAAUGUUCUUAUGCCAUGUUACAGGUGUUCUCGGAGGCCAGUAUAAUGUUCAGCGUCGGUGGUAGAUAUUAUACGGGAGAUCCGAUCGUGUACUCGUACAUGGAGGAUAGGAUCUUCGAACAUUCGAGGAACAUCUCAAUCAAGCUGCACCAUCGGAUUGGCAAGUUCGUUAAAUUGAGGUUUAGCUUCGCCUCGCGGUGGAUCAUGAUCAGCGAGAUCACUUUCGAUUCUGAUAUCGCUCAUGGGAAUUUCACUCCUGAAUCCCCGACCACGACGGAAGCCCCGAGACUAAGGGAUCGAAUCUCAGCACGUGACAAUCCUCUGCAAGCUGAAGUUCCAGUGGUGAAGCAAGACGAUCCGACGUACAUGGCCGUGAUCAUCGGUGUGCUGACCGCGGUGAUCCUGCUGCUCGCCGUCGCGAUUUUCUUGAUCGUCACGCGACACAGGCAACGCAAGAACUUUGCGAGCCCUCUCGGAACGAAGAGCGCGAUCCCGUCGAGCAAUCAUCAACACCUGUCGCCGGAAUCCGCGUACGGGACCACGGAAAAGGAUCCAUCGUUGAUGACGUACAGAGUGGAGGAACUCGACGACCGGUACGCCGGAACCAAGCUGACGACGCUGCCCCGCGACUUGAACGAUCGCCUGCUCGGCGACGUCAGGUUGGACGAGUAUCAGGAACCCUUCUACGAGAACAAGCACCGAGAACCGCCUCACGCUGCUUACUACGGAUACAGCACCGUUGUUAUAGACAACAAGGACCUCCACGACAACGUCGAACAGUCUGGCAUGCUUGCAGAGCUUUUUCCCACCACCACCGCCCCCGAUGAGCGCGCCGCCCCCACGAGGCUCCAGUAAUCUGACGUACUCGAACCCGCCGAGCCCAGAGCCAGUUUGCGAGCGGGAGCGCAGAGGAAGCAAGCGCCGCGAACACUCCUUGCACAGAUACGGG